AUGGACUUCACCAAAAGAUGGGUCACCCAUUUGCGGAGCAACCACCGUCAGGAAACCUCCACUCAUACGUUUUUCUGUCCUCUUUGCAAAUCUGAGUUGCCCAGCGACAGCGAGGACCUUUUUCGGUCCCACGUUCUUGAAGAUCGUGAAAAGCACGCCGACUGGGCCACGGAUGAAGAGAUAUUUAACGCCUACAAGCGCAUCACAACUAAAACGCUACAAGAAACGCAACAACAAACGGAUCGAUCCCGCAAGCGUCGCGUAUCGGGUGACCCGGAAGACACCGGCGAUGUGGCCCAAGAAACUCCCGGGUCGAGCCCGGAUCCCGGAGGCGGCGGCGGAGAGGGCCGGACCUUUAAGAAGCGGUCUCCGUCGGUGGAUCACCAACCGGGCCCGUCACCGCCCGUGGCCACGAGUAUCCGCAGUCGCGCCAGAGUAGCCGACCCGGGAGACAACUUCGACCGAGGCCCGAAGAAUCCUUCUGGAAGACAGUUGUGGACUGACGGUGAUGGCACUAAGACCCCCCAAGGCCGUUCGGUUCCCGCAGCCUCGUCCUCUGUCGCUCGACAGCCACCCUCAAAUAAGGCAAGCCGGCAGUCUCAGCCUUCCUCCCACGUCAACGAGGCUGAGCCAGUAAUCCAAAUGAUGCGCCAACCAGAGACCAGACCGAUAUCGCAAGAUCAACUGGUCGCUGAAGUUAAAGGAAUAUAUGCGGGCCUGGUCAUGGUCGAAACAAAGUGCAUUGAAGUCGACAAUGCCCAGUCGUCAAACACAGAUGCUAACAAACUCAAUAACGAACAAUGGCAAGCGCUAAUCGCCCUCCACCGAACACUUCUGCACGAACAUCACGACUUCUUCCUCGCUAGCCAGCAUCCCUCAGCCAGUGUACCACUACGUGGCCUUGCUUCAAAAUAUGCCAUGCCUGCUCGCAUGUGGCGCCACGGCAUCCACUCCUUUCUUGAACUCCUCCGGCAUCGGUUGCCGGCAUCUCUCGAACACAUGCUUACCUUCUUGUAUCUUGCGUAUAGUAUGAUGGCAUUGCUAUAUGAGACAGUGCCAGCAUUCGAGGAUACUUGGAUCGAAUGUUUGGGAGACCUGGGUCGCUAUCGCAUGGCGAUCGAGGACGACGAUAUUAAAGAUCGAGAGGUCUGGACCGGGGUGAGCCAGCACUGGUACAGUAAGGCUUCGAACAAGUCUCCAAACACCGGUCGCCUUUACCAUCAUUUGGCGAUCCUGGCUCGACCCAAUGCGUUACAACAGCUUUACUACUACGCGAAGUCGCUCUGUGUGCCGAUUCCAUUCCUUAGUGCGAGGGAAAGCGUUAUGACCCUCUUCGACCCUAUCUUGGAUUCUGAUCCGCGUCACCUAUCAGAAGUCGAUACCAACUUUGUCCGGGUGCAUGCAAUUCUCUUUUCGGGCAAAGGGGACGAGGACAAGCUUAAAGACUCCAUGGAAAGGUUCCUGGUCAUCCUUGAUUCGAAAAUUGCUGGACUCACAAAAAAGUGGCUUGAAGCUGGUUAUUUCAUGGGCAUUGCCACCUGUUGUUCGCUCCUCGGUUAUGGCAAUGAAUCUAAUGUUCUCAUGAAGGCUAUAUCUCAGCGACCAGAUGAGACAGACGUUACCAUGGGUAACUCGGUACUGGAGGUACCCCCUAGUGAAUCCUUUAAGAAAGCACUCGAGUUUGCGGUCAAGACAUAUGAGAUCGUCGUUCUCCGCUGGGGAGAUACGAACACUCUUCCGUUCGUUCAUACAAUGAUGGUACUCAUCCACAAGUUGGCGCAAUACCCGGCUGCUAUGUCAUACCUUGAACAGGUGUUUCCUUGGAAGUUGACUAUGGUCAUGUUAAACUACCACUUGACUUCGUGCGACUUCGAACCAAGAAUGGACGGAGACUUCCCUGGUCCAGAGAAGGAUGAGGCUCCCAGGCCUUUACCGGAGGAUUAUGCCAUGCGAGGCCUUAUCUACGUUGAUGACUACUACCCUAAGUUGUGGUUCGUCAACGAGAAGAUCGACGAGGACGAGAAGUACUUCGAACUCGCGUCAAUGGUCGACCAGCGAAAGGAGCGAAUACUGUAUCUUGGUUACAAGAUUGCAGCUCAGGGCACAUGGUUAAAGUUUGACGCUGACAGUCGGCAGUUUUCCGUCGCAGACAAGUAUGAUGAGGACUUUGGUAUCGUUUCUCGGCCAGCAGAGGCCCAGGAAAUAACUCGGGAAGUGAAGAAGGAUGGAAGGGACUUGGAUUUAGAUAACCCUCCUCGAUUUCCUACGGAUGAAACCUUGGAACAGAAGCUACCACUAUGA